GUCAGCUGACUGUGAAGUCUGUGAAGCUGGUGGUCAUUGGCUCGCAUAUGGGAAGCAACAUGGAACCCCUGUCCUUGGUGGAAGCCUGCCUCAAGAAGGCCUCAGUGACUGUGGACACCACGGUGCUCGGGACCACCUACCCUUUUCCAGAGAUCAUGUGCGAAUCCUUUGGCCAUUGCGCCAAGCAAGUCCACCUAGACCAGGCAGUUCGACUGCUGGUACAGCAGAUGUACCGACCUACAUGGGAGCCGGCACAGUUGCUGGACUUGCUGUCGAAGGGCUUGCAAGACGCUGCAUUGAUUCAGUCGGACUUACUGCUUUGUGCACAGCCGAUGGCCUUGUGUUCCUUCUUGCGUAGUCUCACCGAGAAGCCCAUCCUGCUGUAUCAAGCCUUCCCUUUGGUGGGCGCCACACCGAUGGCCUAUCGACACCUACUCUUGGUGCAGCUGCGUGAAGUGCAAGUGGCCAACCCCCGACGCUCCGCUUUGGUGGCCUACUCGGAGUUCCUGGCGCAGCAAGUACAACGACAGACGGGCCAAAGGCCCUUGUGCUUGCGGCCGCACUCUCUGUAUGCUCUAGGCGCCGGCCGCUAUCAGCCAGACCGCGAGCACCCGCGCAUCCUGCUGGGACGUAUGGCUGGCUGGGCACGGAACAGCGCGGGCGCCGCGGUGCGCCUGAUCGAGGCCUUUGCGGAGGACAUGCUGCGCCCGGGACAGCUGCGGCUGGUCUUCUUAGGCCUCCACCGCGAGAGCACCGACCUCGUCGCCGGCCUCAGCCGCCCCUUCGGCUACGCCGAGCUGCGGCGCUACCGCGGCGCCGUCUACUUCCCUUGGGACAUGGGGAUGCUCCUCUUCAGCGAGUUGUAUGCCAUUGGAGUCCCACUCUUUUUGCCGGACCGAGCUUGGAUCACCUCCAUCAUCAAGCGUAUGUUAGAAUACACCGACUUCGGUUGGUGGCAAGCGCGGGAAGAUGGCUCCGCGGUGGUCUUGGCCAACUCCACCGCUGACGGAGAAUCUCAUCGCUUCUGGCCCUGGAUGUCGGCGAAUUCCACGAUGAAGGAGAUCUUGGAGCUGUACGACUUGACGGACUUCAUCCGAUGGCCACACGUGAGCCGCUUCGGCAGCUUCGGCGCGCUGAUGGCGCAGCUGCUGGCGGCGGAGUUCGAUGCCACCAGUGAGGCGAUGUUGCGCUGGAAUGAUGCCAGCUUGCCCUGGUCACUUCCGCCUGGGUCCAUGAGCAUCCUGUCACGGACACUGGGUGCCAUGCUGAGUCACACUGUCCCGCCCACACCGGAGGAGUCGAGCUGUGUGUAAA